GAAGGUUGAUAAUUAUCACUGAGAAGAAACUAGCACAUCAGGAGUUCAUUUUCUAUCUUAGCACUUCUGGCGCUCCUUUGAACUCCUCGCACCGGGCCCGUGUUCCCACUCCGUCACUUUCCUCCCUCCAUCAUAAAAAGGCCUCGGCAGCCGGCGGCUCCAGCCUUUGCUGCUGGGCAGAGGGCACCGCUCCUCCCGAGCGCUCCUCCCGCAUGGACAAGCUGCACGAGACGCUGAUACACAUGGAAGAUGCCCUGGCUUCGGAACACGCCGCCUGCUUGGCACCCUGGGACUGGAAAAGCUCCGCUGGGCCUUUCGAGCUGCACCCCGUCUCGCCCGCGCACAGCUUAUCCCCGACGCCCUCCUUCGAAUCCUACUCGUCGUCGCCGUGCCCGGCGGCGGCCGAGGCGCCCUACGGCGGCGGGCUGGCGGGGCUGGGGCUGGGGCUGGCGGAGCUGCCCGCGGCCCGCGGGCCCGGCGCGGCCCGGCUGCCCAAGGCGCGGAUGUCGGCGCAGCGCCGCAGGAAGGCCAGCGAGCGGGAGAAGCUCCGCAUGAGGACCCUGGCGGACGCGCUGCACACGCUGCGCGAUUACCUGCCCCCCGUCUACAGCCAGCGCGGCCAGCCCCUCACCAAAAUACAGACCCUCAAGUACACCAUCAAGUACAUCAGCGAGCUGACCGAGCUCCUCGACAGCGGCAAGCGGGCGUAGGGCCCCGGCAGCGCCUGCCCGGCUCGCUCAGGGUCUGUGCGAACAAAAAACAUCCAAGUUUCUUCCUCGUCAGAGGACCGGGGGCCCGGUGUGAGAGGAGGGCGGCGCGGGGGCAGGGGAGCCGCCGCUGUACCGGGAAGGCAGUGCUGGAAGGUGAUGUGGGACUGCCUGAAAACCUGAGCUGCAGCUUGCUGAGACUGAAGUCUUGCUAUUUACCUUUCUUUUUCCUUUUUAAAUUUUUGUUUUGUUUUGUUUUAAUAAGCUUUUGAGAAAUAUCAAAUCUAGUCUGAUACAAAAGUAAAACAAAAAUAAUCCAGCUGAUCUUCCUAGGAUUUACAUACUGAGCUUGUUUUAUAAGGACAAUAGUAAAUCCAUAGGUGUUAAACUGAAUUUUUAAAAAUGACAACAGCUUCGUAAGAAUACUAAGUGUAUUAUUGAUUUGUAGGCACUUUAAUUGUAGGAUGAGGAAGAACAUGUAUUUAGUUCUUGUAUUGUCUAUUUAUCCACCUGUCCACUGUACCUAAAAAUCAAGUAACUAAGUAAUAGUGAGAACAUCUUUGCAUGUAAACAAAUCAAUGUGCCAUAGUCUGUAUCCUGUAUUAUAAAUCUGGGUGAUAGAUAAGUAAAAUCCAGUGAUGACUGCUAAAUAUUGAAAAUUAAAUAUAAGCAAACAGACAUUUUGUAUAGAUAAACUGCUAAGUCCUCACUUCUUUAUUAAUAUAUACAGAAGUAUAUAAUUUUUCUGUAUUUAAUGUGUAAAAAAUCCUUUAUUCAAUGCCAAUAAAAGAUGGAAGACUUUUACAUCAAAUUCCUUAAACAAAUAAAAUUAGAUUGAGAUAUCUUACUCUCUGACAUAAAUAAAUUGCUUCAGGAUUCACAAA